CAGACCGCGACAAUAUACACCUCCUACCCCUCCACAGCGCUUCCACAGCGACAACAGCAACAGCAGGAAUGCCAACCGACAACCUUCCAUCUCAACGUAAAAAUCAAACAAAAGACGGCUUCUGGAUAACUGACCUCACGGUCGAUAUACCCUCCUCGCAUACCGCCCCGCCACACGCCAAUGCGAAAGGCGAGAGAAAUGGAGCGGAGAGGGGACCUGGACAGUCGAGGUGGCGAACGAAGGAGUUCAUGCUGUAUUAUGUCGUCUUUGCGGUCGUCGUGCCGUGGAUGGUGUGGGUGCCUAUUAGAUUGAGUUCGCCGAGUCAUCCGAAUUUUCCGUUAUAUGUCCGUCGACUAGCACAGGGAUGGAUGUUCGGAAGGCCGUUCGACAAUUCCGACGUCCAAUACCGCUCCUUCCGUUCCAACAUCCCCGCCCUAACCCUCCUCCUCUCCAUCUUCUUCGCCUUCAAAUCCCUCUACACCUUCUCCCUCCCCUCCACCCCCUCAAAAACAUACCCCUCACGAGCACACCUCCUCCCAUUCUACACCCUCUUUUCCCUCCUCCUCAUCUUCGUCCUCCACGGCACCUCCGCCUUCUUCGUACUUGCCAUCCUAAGCGGGAACUAUGCGUUGGCCAUAUUAGCCCCUCGGACCGCGGCAGCAAAGGGAAAGGCGAUGGGUAAAGUGGUGGUGGGCGCGAUGUGGGCGUUUAAUGGCUUGGUGCUGUUCAUGAACGAGAAGUAUGGGGGGUAUGAUUGGGGGAUUAUCAUGCCUCGGCUAGCGUUCAUGGACAGCUGGCAAGGCGUGUAUCCGCGGUGGCACGUCACGUUCAAUAUCACGAUGCUCAGGCUCGUCGCGUUCAGUAUGGAUUAUUGGUGGGCUUGCACGUCUGAGACCCCCGCAUCCUCAUCCCCAAUCUCCCUCCCAAAAUCCGACAAAGCCCGCUCAAAAACACCACACGACCCCGCCACGUACACAUUCGCGAAUUACCUUGCCUACGUGCUCUAUCCGCCGCUGUAUAUCGCGGGCCCAAUUAUGGGGUUUAAUGAUUGGAUGUGGCAGAUCUACUCCCCACCUCCCAUCACCACCGCCGCCACCCCUUCCUCCACCUCUUCCUCCCCCUCUCCACCCUCCUCCCCAGCGUCCCUCCCGCUCCAAUCCCGCCCUCUCUACCUCACCCGCUUCCUCCUCUCUCUCCUCUCCAUGGAAUUCAUCCUCCACUACAUGUACGUCGUCGCCAUCAAGGACGAGCGCGCGUUUGCCGGGGACAGUGUGGGCGAGGUGGCGCUGGUGGGGUUUUGGAAUUUGGUUUUUGUUUGGAUGAAGCUCCUUCUACCAUGGCGUUUCUUCCGCCUCUGGGCGCUCCUGGACGGGAUCGACCCACCGGAGAACAUGGUCCGUUGUGUGGCGAACAAUUAUUCGACGCUUGGGUUCUGGAGGGCGUGGCAUCGGUCGUAUAAUCUCUGGAUCGUGCGAUACAUCUACAUCCCCCUCGGUGGCUCCUCCCACCAGCUCCUCACCACGCUCCUCGUCUUCUCCUUCGUCGCGCUCUGGCACGAUCUUAGUUUUAGACUGUUAGCGUGGGGAUGGUUGAUCAGUCUGUUUGUCAUUCCGGAGGUGCUGGCUGGAUGGGGGGCGAGGAAGGUCGGGCUGCCCAAAAAACCGUACUACAGACACCUGUGCGCACUCGGUGGGGUCGUCAACAUACUCAUGAUGAUGGGCGCGAAUCUCGUAGGGUUCGUGCUCGGCACGGAUGGGACGAGGGAGGUGGCGGGGAGGUUGGUGGGGAGUUGGGAAGGCCUCAGAUUUCUCUUCGGGACGUGUGCCUGUCUGUUCGUAGGAGUGCAGGUUAUGUUUGAGUACAGGGAGGAAGAAAUGCGAAGAGGAAUUUAUCGGCGGUGCUGAACCCUGAUCUCGAAUCUCUCCACGGCCUGUCUUCUGUCUUCGUCGCAUCACCACAUCCUGCAUCUAUACAUAUUUAGCUUAUGGACCGGGGCCGAAGACAACCAGACGACCACUCAGACUCCAGACUCAGAAUCCAGGGCAAAUGUAUGUAGGAGGUACCUGCGUACAUGUGGUGAAGAUGUCGUAAAGCGCGGGAUGCUGGCGUGAAUGUGGAGGUGUUAAUCUGACCAUGUUUGGUGGGUGCGCUUGCUUGGAUUGUUGUUCAGGAAUCAGCGGGUACAUAUGUAGGUGGGCGGACGGAAGGAAGGACGGAUGAAGGGGUGGAUGGAUUUGGACGAGUGGACUGUCAAUGUGGGACGGAAGCAAACGGAGGUAACGGACGGAUCUAUUUUUCGCAGUGGCCCCUGUGGCUGCCUCUCCUGUUGUUGGUUCUUGAUCUUGGACCUGCUCAUCCGUGUUCGUGUUCGUGUUCAGAUCUGGUCGCCCAAGAAGGUUCCGAGACAUCGGAUGCUUGGAAGAGGUUUCGUUUUGGUCUAAUUCGGUGGAUAACGUACUUUUUCUCUCUAUUGCAUAUACCCUCUCGAUAGUCGAUACAUAUCUUAGAUUUAGAUCCCUUUCCUUCCUAGUGAAAGUGAGAAAUCACUGCACAUUCGAGAAUGCAUACGGGCUGGGCGGCCUGACCAUGAUCCUUCGUUCGG